ACAUUGUGGUGCUCGUGCAUCCGCGGUUCUUCUACUGCGCGUUCACGACUCCGGCUCACUCACUGCAUGAUGGCCGAGGGAGGCGGACCCGAGUCGGGUAGCGCGGCAGACCCCGAGCCCGAGUCUGUAGCCGCUCAAAUACCGACACCUUCAACCGAGAGUCAAAAACAGAGUAUUGGAACACUUCUCAAAACAACUCUACGAAAGAGCGACGAGUGGUUUCUGAUUGAUAGUCGGUGGUUCAAGCAGUGGAAGAAAUAUGUGGGAUUUGACAGUUGGGAUAUGUACAAUGUUGGAGAGCACAGUCUCUAUCCCGGCCCUGUUGACAACUCUGGCCUGUUCUCAGACCAUGAGACCCAGAUCCUGAAGGAGCACCUUAUAGAUGAGUUGGACUAUGUCCUAGUGCCCACUGAGGCAUGGAACAAGUUUGUCAGCUGGUAUGGUUGCCUUGAGGGCCAGCGUCCCAUCGUCAGAAAGGUGGUUGAACAUGGCAUGUUUGUCAAGCACUGUAAAGUGGAGGUCUAUCUGUUGGAGCUCAACUUGUGUGAGAAUGACAACAUGGACAAUGUGGUCACACGUCAUUUCAGCAAAGCUGACACUAUAGACAGCAUAGAGAAGGAGAUGCGGUCACUAUUUGAGAUCCCAACGGGGAAGGAGACUCGACUGUGGAACAAGUACAUGAGCAACACGUACGAGCAGCUGAACAAGCCAGACAGCACCGUACAGGAUGCUGGUCUCUUCCAGGGCCAGGUGCUCGUGAUUGAAUGCAAGAACGAGGACGGCACGUGGCCCAGGCAAGCCUCCCAUCCAAAAUCCAGUACGGCUACAUCCAGGAAUUUCACUACCUCUCCAAAGCUCUCGUCCAACUCGUCGACAACCAUCUCCUCAACAAUAACAAAUGGGGACAGCGGCAGCAACUCUGGCUAUACACUGAACAACAGCACCUCCUCUGGCAAUAGAUUGGGAGGUUACAAUUCAUACAGCUCCUCCUACAACUACAGAGAGUCACCAUCCCAACCUGGCCUCUGUGGUCUCAGUAACCUAGGCAACACCUGUUUUAUGAACUCCGCUCUUCAGUGCCUGAGCAACGCGUGUCCUCUCACGGAGUACUUCCUAGAUGACCAGUAUGAGGCGGAGAUCAACCGGGAGAAUCCAUUAGGAAUGAGGGGGGAGAUCGCAGAGGCCUAUGCAGACCUGGUCAAGCAGAUGUGGCUUAGCCGCAGCAGCUAUGUGGCUCCCCGCACAUUUAAAACCCAAGUGGGUCGCUUCGCCCCCCAGUUUUCAGGGUACCAGCAGCAGGACUCCCAGGAGUUGCUGGCCUUCCUGAUGGACGGGCUCCACGAAGACCUGAACCGUGUUAAAAAGAAGCCUUACCUGGCCCUGCAAGAUGCAGGGGGGCGGCCAGACGAGAUUGUAGCUAAGGAAGCAUGGACUAAUCAUCGCCUGCGCAAUGACUCAAUCAUCGUGGACAUAUUCCAUGGCCUGUUCAAAUCCACUCUGGUGUGUCCAGAGUGUGCCAAGAUCUCUGUGACUUUUGACCCAUUCUGCUACCUCACACUCCCUCUGCCCAUGAAGAAGGACCGCACUAUGGAGGUGUUCUUGGUCCGCAUUGACCCCCAGUCCAGACCCACACAGUACCGAGUGGUGGUCCCCAAGCUUGGCUCAGUGACUGACCUGUGCAGCGCCUUGUCCCGGCUUUCUGGAAUCCUCGCUGAGAAUAUGGUGGUGGCUGAUGUUUACAAUCACCGGUUCCACAAGAUCUACAGACGAGACGACGGACUCAACCAAAUCAUGGAGAAAGAUGACAUAUUUGUGUAUGAGGUGGCGGAGGAGGACAGGGAGAGGAUGAACCUGCCUGUGUACUUCAGAGAGCGCCACUCCAAACACACAGGCGGCUCCACGGGAACCAUGCUGUUCGGCCAGCCCCUCCUCAUCACUGUUCCCCGGCAGAACCUGGCUGCUGACAUGCUCUACGAGAAGGUGCUGGAGAGGAUUGGGCGCUACGUGAAUCGCGCUCAGAGCUCCACCGGUGAGGGGAGGGUGAAUGCCUCUGCCUCCUCGGCCAGCUGCAGCCUGGCAGCUGAGUGCUCCGCAUCAUCCUCCAAUCACAACACUGCAGGGAGUAGUAGCCCCCUGUCAGAAGGGGCGUCCUGCAGCUCCAGCAACGGCAGCAACCACUCUGGGACCUCCAACAGGUCCAACGGGAAUGGUGUGUGUGAGGGUGAGGAGGAGGCCAUGGAUCACCAGGUGAGCCCGGAGCCAGAGAACGGACAGUCGGGGGAGGAGGAGGAAGCCUCAGACCUGGAGAAUGGCCCUAAAACCAAACAGUGCUCCAGCACCCCGCCCAAACUCUUCUCCUUCAGCAUGGUCAACUCCUACGGAACUGCCAACAUCAGUCCACUGCCUUGUGACGGAAACUUCCUCAAACUCAAUACACAUUCCACAGUGGCGAUUGACUGGGACUCGGACACAAAGAAACUGUGUUACGAUGAUCAGGAAGCAGAGGCCUAUGAGAAGCACGAGAGCAUGCUGCAGGCCCAGAAGAAGAAAGCCACAGUGGCUCUGAGGGAAUGCAUGGAGCUCUUCACCACCAUGGAGACGCUAGGAGAGCAUGACCCAUGGUAUUGCCCCACCUGUAAGAAGCACCAACAAGCCACAAAGAAGUUUGACUUGUGGUCGUUGCCUCGCAUCCUGGUGGUCCACCUAAAGCGUUUCUCAUACAACCGCUGCUGGCGGGACAAGCUGGACACUGUGGUGGACUUCCCUGUCAGGGACCUGAACAUGUCUGAGUUUGUGUGUGACCCCAAGGCCGGCCCCUAUGUUUAUGACCUCAUAGCAGUCUCCAACCACUAUGGAGGAAUGGGAGGAGGCCACUACACAGCCUACGGCAAGAACAAAGCUGAUGGGAAGUGGCAUUACUUUGAUGACAGCAGUGUCUCAGCUGCCUCAGAGGAUCAGAUUGUGACAAAAGCAGCCUACGUGCUAUUUUACCAACGCAGAGACGCGGGCGACGUCCCUGCCAAGCCUCCGCCCUCUGCCUCUCUGGGGGGUGCCACCGCUGAAGCAGCCGAUCACAUGGAUACCAACUGAGCAGCGCUGAUGCUCAGGGACAUGCACUGAAGCAAACAAAUAAUGACAAAAGAGAUACUUUGAUGCACACACCAAGCUACUUCAGUGACAUAAGACUUCUCAGUCAAUAUUAUUAACUCCCCCCAGCCCUGUGUUUUAUUUUAUUUUGCUCAUACAUCGUCACAAAGAGCCAAAAGCCUUGUUGGAUGCGUGACCCUCGAGACUUCCUCCCAGAGCUGGUGGCCUGCUGAUGUAUGAAACCUAGUUUACUCGUUUGGAAAAAAUAAGGGGAAUAGAAGGCAAAGAAUCCUCUCACUGGACAAACAGAAUGUUAGUUGUACCCUAAAAUGCAUAGGUAUUAUUAACACAAACUUUUCUGUUACCCACUAGAAAAGUACAAAAUAAAAAAAGCCAAAUGAGAAUCUUGUUUUUACCAAAGUGUUCCAAAUUGUACAUCGUAAAGAACUGUACCAACUUCACUGACGGAUUGGGGGAAAGAGAAACUUGUCCUUGAGUUGUCUCUGAGUGGUAUCUGUGAUGAUAACCCUCCAGUGCAGGGGUGAAUUUAUGCAAAGUUGUAUUUAACAUUGAGAUAUGCACACAAUUCAACACAUGACACCGAUGGAUCCUGUGACCUUCUACCUCCUGUAAAUGGAUCCAGUUAGAAAGUCACACUGGAUGUGUUCCUUCUACACACUCACAGAAACAAACACACUCAGGCCCUCUCAUUUUAGUCUUCCUCUGGGUUGGCUUGCAGGGCCUGUGUUUAAUUGAUCAAGGUCCUGUUUACUGGGCCUUGAUGUAAGCUGUGGCAGAGGCUAUUUAUUUUCAUAGGCACGAGUUCAGUCAGACCUUAGCGCCUGCUCUUUAUGAAGCCCAGCAUGCUAACUCUCUCAUUCAUACACUGCCCUCUGUAUUUAUUUGGACAGUGAAGCUAAAAUAUGUACAUUUGCUCUAUUUUCCAGCAUUUUGGAUUUGAGAUCAAAUGUUUAAUGAGGCGACAGUACAGAAUGACACAGUGAUAUUUCGUACAUCUGUUUUAUCAUUUAGAAAUGAAAGCACGGAGUCUAUUAUUAUUAUUUUUUUUUUUUCACAAGUGCACAAAUUCACUUAUAGGGUGUUAAAGUAGUCAAGUGUAGUAUUUACUGGAACAGAGAGCCAAAUGUACAAAUGUUUGCUUCACUGUACAAAUAAAUAUUGUGGGAAGGGUACCCCUUUUUCUCUGAGAAGUCUCAUCCUGAUAAAGGUGUGCUGUGCCCCCUCGUCACACAAAAGCAACAGCGGCCUUUUAAUCCUGCAACCUGUUUAAAAAGGAGGCACUUUUAGUUUUACUUUAGUCACAUCUGAAAUUUUAAAUAUGUAUGACGUGGCGAGGCCCUGACCAUUCGUACAUUUCUGGAUAAUAUUGCUGUAGUUUAGAAGAACAUUUGAUUGCUGACUGAAUGGACCCCCUCGACAGCCCCGCUAUGACUUAUCCUUAGACUACCGGUCCUGUAUGGUAUUACAUUGAAAUUGCUUUUGUUUUUUCUUAAAAGCACACUGCGUGAUGCAAAAUGUGAUGUGUAUGAAAGGUGCUAUAUUUAUGAAACUUGAAAUUGUUGCUGUUCACAAGGCUCCUAUCCGUUAAAUAGAAUUUGGACAGCAAUAACUUAAAGGCGUCCUCAGUGUGUUUAGGACUGCAGGCAUCUGUGUUCUCCCAACAAUGGACUUUCAGACAACCAAUCAGCUGUUAAAUAAAAUAUGUUGGUGACAUGA